GAAUGUGGACAAUGAAUAACCUCGUGUAGCUGUUUCCUGCUGUUUCCUUAACCUUGCUUAAACUGACUUAACGUUUUUCGAAACUUCUGUUGUAUUACAGAGUAUUAUUUAAAAGAAAUCAUCCAUAAUAGAUUAUCUAAUGUUAAAUUCAUAAAUUUUUCUAACAGGUAAAUUACGAAGUCAAGAUAUAAUGUCGAUGCUCGCAGAACGUCGUCAAAAACAGAAGUGGACACUGAACCCUCGAGGAAAACAGUGGAGCGAGGAUGGAGAGAAAUUUGGGCAGAAAAUGCUGGAGAAAAUGGGUUGGACAAGUGGCAAAGGACUCGGAGCAAAUGAACAGGGUAUGACGGAGCACGUACGCGUGUCUGUUAAAAAUGAUAAAUCAGGUAUUGGUUUCAAACAAGAUGCUUUAGAAGAAGCAUGGACAGAACAUCAAGAGAGCUUUAAUGACUUCUUACAAAAGCUUCAAACAGAACAAAAUGAGACUAUAGUACAAAUAGAGGAAGUUAAUACUGAACUAAGUGGAAAGUCAUUAGAGUUGAAAUCUAAGCACAGCCGUGCUCGUGUUCACUAUCAAAAAUUCACGAGGGGAAAAGAUGUAAAUAAGUAUAGUUCAAAAGAUUUAGCAAAUAUAUUUGGUCAGAAAGAAAUAAAUAUGAAUAAGGGAAGUAAAGAAACAAAUACAGAAGAAGAAAGCUCUGUUGCGAUUAAUACUUCGGAAAAUAACAACGGUGUUAUUGUUAUAAACGGCGGUAGUAUGACUGAUUAUUUUAUGAAAAAGGGUAAAGAUAUUUCUUUAAUGUCUAAACGAAAAAAGAAGCCAGAAUCCAAUUCGGAAAGUGAACCUGAGUAUGCAGGGUUUGGUUUCGCAUCGCCCUUCGGCAAAGCGCAAUCUCGUAAUGAAGAAAAUAAAGAAAUGAAAAAUUCGAGUAAUUAUGCUUUUGAAAAUCCUUGCAUGGAACUAAAUAGCCCUGAGAAUAUUUCAAAUUUCACCGAGAUUGGAUCCCUCAAAAAAAGAAAGUCUACUGAUGAGACUGAAUCAAGUUUAAAUCAGAGUAUUAAAAAAUUUAAAGAUGAUAAUGUAAGUAGCGUACAGUACGAAAAUGGUAUUGUAAAUGCUGCCUUGAAUCUGGAUUCUCAAUCAGAGGAUGUUUAUAAUGGACAAGAAUUUGAAGUAUCUAGGGUACAGUUUGGUCUUGCAAACUCGGCCUUAGAUUUAAGCGAUGAAGUUGAAAAGAAAAGGGUAACAUUUAACGAUCACGUGGAAUACAGUACUGAUUCAAUAAAAAACAAGAAAGGUCGAUCAAAAUUGGAUAAAUUUGAAGUUGAGAACAAGAAAGCCAAGAAGAAGAAGAAGAAGAAGAAACAGGAAGAUGUUAAAAAUUCUGUAUCAUAUAGCUUUACUAAUGAAGCUUUAGACACUGAAGACAAACCUGAGGAGAUAAAUGACAAUGAAAUCAAUGAACGUAAAAGUAAGAAAUCUAAAAAAAGGAAAGAAAGUCGUCGAUCUAAUUUGGAAACAAUAGUAGAAGCACCAGAAGAAGAUAAAGAAAUUUAUGAAGAUGGGAUAGAAAAGAAAAAUAUUAAUACAGAUGAAAAUAUAUCGGAGAUUCAGGAAAAUGAGUCGCAUAAGAAAUCAAAGAAGAAAAAGCGAAAAGAAGAAGUGAAAGAAAUUAGCAUCGAUGAUAGAAUGAAUGCAGAAGAAAUUAUAGAAACAAAUUUCCAGCCUGAGAAUGGGGAAUGUGAACUCCAAAAAGAUCAGGGGAAUAUUUCUAAAGAAAAAAAGAAGAUGAAGAAGAAGAAAAAAGAACGUGUCGACCCAGAUAUGCAACAUGAAGAUGUCUCUGAAACUAAUAUGAAAGCUAGUGAUGAAGUAGACGACAAUAACGAAAAAACGGAAGAAGAAGUUGUAAAAGUUAAAAAGAAUAAAAAGAAAAAGAAGGAUGCAAGUGUGACGGAUUCUAAUAUAGAAGUAGAAAAUGUAGAAAAAGGGAAAGAAAAUAUGGAUAAUGUACAUGAAAAUACGUUCGAAACAGAGAAAGAAAAAGAAAAGAAUUCCAUAGAUGAAUCUACUGUAGAUAAUAAUAAUUUUACACAGAGGAAUCAUGUAUAUCAAAAAAAUCCUGUAGAAAAAAAUACAUCUGCAAGAGAUAGAAAUAAUAAAAAUAACAGAAUGUUUAAAACUGUAUCUAGUCCUUGGCGCGAGAAAACUACAAUGUCAAAGAAAAUAUUAAGGUCUCUUUUUUAUAAGACUUCUGAAGCGCAAUUCCCAGGCGCUAAUAUGUCUGAAAUAAAGGGGUAUGGAGUAAAUAUACAGUAAAUUUAUAAAAUAUUCGAUAUAUUUCUAACGUUUUAUACAUGUAUAUAUAAUCUGAAUCAUAAUUUUGUAUAAUUAUAUACAAUGCUUUAAACGAUAUUUAUUAUUAAAUAAUAAUCUAUAUUCUGUAAGAACACAGAAUCCUUUUAUUUAUUUUUUUCCGAGUGAAAGAUCCGUUGUAAACAUUGAAGGUAAUAAAAUGUAUUUACAACUUGAA